GGCGUUUGCAAAGAACCAGGCGUUGCUCGGCCUCACCGCAUUUCGGGGCGGCGAUGAACGAAGAUCCACGGCACACCGAAAAUGGACCCGACCAACAAGCAGAACGGGACACGGAAACCGUGUGCCCCGAUGUCUACGUCAUCCGUUCCCGCCGUCCSAGCCACUUGCGACACGUGGCACGACAUGAUGAUAAUGAUGACGACGGUGAUGAUCACGAUGAUGGUGACGAUUACGGUGGUGAUGUUGAUCUGGACGACGAUGUCGCUGAUGAUGACAACGAUGUUGAUGAUGAUGAUGUUGAUGAUGAUGUUGGUGAUGAUGAUGAUGGUGAUGAUGACGAUGAUGAUGAUGACGAUGAUGACGGCGAUGACGACGAUGUUGAUGAUGACGAUGACAACAAAGAUGACGAUGGUGGUGAUUUUGAUGACGGCGACGAUGUCGCUGAUGAUGAUGAUGUUGUUGAUGACGUUGAUGAUGUUGAUGAUGAUGUUGAUGAUGAUGACGAUGUUGAUGACAUUGAUGAUGUUGAUGAUGAUAUUGUUGAUGAUGAUGAUAAUGUUGAUGAAGAUGAUGAUGAUCACGAUGACAAUGAUGGUGAUGAUGAUGACGAUGAUGAUGGUGGCGACGAUGAUGGUGAUGAUGGAGGCGAUGAUGACGAUGAUGAUGACAAGCAAGAAUCAUGGGGCCGCUCGCGAGGAAAGAAUGAGCGGGAAUCAGAAGCCUCAGAAGGGGACACAGAAACCAUGUGGCCCAAUGUCACCGACAUUCUUGCCCUCCGAGAUGUUCCUGUUGGGCCGUGGAUCCGAACGUGCCCUGCACGGUUCCUCAGACAAUUGUCAAUUUCGGAUCCCGGCGGACUUCGGAUUCUAUUAAAUGCGGAGUCCGCUGAGAUCCGAACUUCUCGUGCACGGUUCGUCGGAAAACCGUCGAAAAAUGUCUACGGUGCGAAGGGGAACGUCGUCGCCGGUGCCAAGGGGGCGAUUCUGGACAUGUGUCUGUUCGAGGGUUACGGAGUGGGUGUUGCGAACACCCCGUUCUACAACGACCUCCAGCGGCACGGCGGGUUUGUUUUGGGUCGAGAGUUCUUUGACUUGUUGGAGGGCAAGGACAUCGCCCUCGACGUCCCUUGCKAAGUCGGCCCCGACUUGGAACUGUCAAUGUCUUUGCAGCCGUACGGCGGUUGUGAGUCGAGCGGGGCAGCGGGGGAGGGGGGGGAUCUGGGUUCCGGGGAGGCUACACAUGUGCAGCGGGAGAAUGCCAGAGGACAACAAGAAGGACCUCAAGGCACCUCCCAGACAGUUGAAACUUUCUAUGAAAGACAUUCGAUGGCAGUGGAGCAUGACGGCUGCCCAAGAGCUGUGAUGGGGAACUCUAGCGGGAAACAAGAUCAGGUCCAGCAGUGGCGUAAGUUUUGUACAACGGCGCUCCAUAAGGCGCCUCAAAACAGCUUGUGGCUUCUCGCGGAUCAAAAGGAAGAGGAAACCAUUAAGAAGCAAAAUGCUGCCCUGCGUUCUUACUUACCUCUGGCGAUGGCCGAGGAAAAUGUCUGGAAACUGGCCGUGGAAUUUUUCGAAAAAUGGGAGACGGGCAUAUUGCUGAGCCACGACGGGGCGAAGUGGAUCGUCAAAAAGAAGAAGGUCAAAAACGUAAAGCCUGGGGUCGCCUACAUCCACAACGACAAAUUGGGCAGAACGGAGGUGGUGUACAACGUCCCCGUGGACCCGCCGAAUAAAAAGGGCAAAAAGGAGAAAGAGGAGGGCGAUUGGUUCGUGCAAGUGCCACACCCGGAUGCGCAUUGUUCGAAAACAAUGGAAUCACUCACGGACAAUGAGAAGUGUCGCGUUCUGAAAAAGGUGCUUGCUUGCGAGGUCGUUUGGGUCCAGGCCGGCUCCCCGUCGUUGGCGAAGUUGGGAAAGCUCAGCGUGCAGGACAUGGUGCAGCUGGUGAAGUGCGACCGCGUGCUGGUCCGGUUGUGGAAUUACUACCAAUUCAAGCAUGAGAAGAGGCCGGACGCGGACUGGAUCCAAAGGUACCCUUUCCUGAGAUCGAGGUCUGCCGUGUUCAAGAAGUUUGAAGGUCAGGGAUUGGAUGACGAGUUGUGGAAUAACAGCAGGAAACACGUUUCCGACUCGGCGCUGUUCAAGGACUGCCCGCCAUACAUGGGUUGCGACCAGGACUCGAUUGAGGUGACGGAGAAGUUGGCGGGCCACAAGAAGUUGUCUGUCGACUGGAGAAACAAGGCUCUCUCCAUGUUGAAUGGAAGCAGACUGAAGAGCCAGGAAGUCGCACUUGCCGAAGGCGUCGUUCACAUGAAAUGGAAAGACACGGGGGACGUGACAUCCAUCGCGUCGUUCGCCAACGACCCUUUAGAGGCGGACAUCAGGGGCGCAGAGCUGAAGGAGGCAGUGGCUGCCACAAAGAGCCACACGGAAGUGGGUGCGGAGAGUGCAGCAAAACCCGUUGGGAACAAUUUGUACACGGAGGAAGACCGCAUGUACAUCCUCUUCAAGGGUGACGAUCUGCGCGUCAACACGUCCGUGGUCUACGAGGGAAACCUGCCCAAGGGUGCCGCUGUUGAGGUGCGAUUGCCUCAGAGGGUCACCUUGACGGAUGUGUCUGAGAUUCCUUUCACGCCUUGCGACUGGUCGCUGGUGGCGCCUGAACGACAGGGCAGCGUCUACGGGGAUAUGGAACGCAAUCCGACACAAUUCGUCGGUCUUGUUGAUUUUCUUGGAAAGAAGGGGGAGGGUGUCGUGUUUCUUGGGAAACCGCACGCGCGAAGUGUCAGGGAGCUUCUGAAGGCCGGCCGGCACGUUGUCGCAAUGGAAGGGAACUCCGACCUCUUGCAAUUCACGAUGCAGGUGGUGAAAAGCGAGGUCAAUUYGGGUGGGCACAAUUGUGAGUUCAUGGUCGUGAGGCCAACACGGGAUAAGGUGUGGAGCAACAAGACGGAUAUGUGGUUCAAGUUGAGCGAGAGGAAGAGGAACAAGACAUACGAUUUCUUGUUCCUUCAAACGCCGAUACGAAAUGGCGAGUGGGUCCUGGCCAUGGCAAUCCCAGGCGGGGGAUGGGUGUCAUUCCCACGCGAGUCGAAGUCCAACUUCCUGCACCUCGCGAGCAUUUCGGUCCUCCAGAAAGUGAAGGUCGAAAAUGACACUUUAGCACCCGGCGACCUGUCCCUCAUUUCCACUGCCAGUCGACUGUUCGACAAGCUUCACGACAAGUGCUGGUUGGAAUUGACGGAGGACUACUACGAGCUCGACACGAGUCCGUCGAAGGGCAUGGUGGACUGGAAAGUGCCCCCUCCCAGUGGGCMGGAYGGUGGUUCYGGGGGGGGGUCACCUGGAAGCGGAGGGGAUGGGSGUGGCGACGCAGGGGGUGGCAAAGGAAUCCCGCCUAUGGGGGAGAGAGGGUCUCACGGCCGCAACACGACACCGGGAGGCAGCGCCGGGGUGGCGGGUUUCGCCGUCGACUUGACUCCGUCGACAGGCACCCGGCCCGAGCAUACGACACACUCCGCCGACCCCCCGACUUCAUCCGUGGGCUUAGCGAGGGACACGUUGGCAGCCUUGGUUGCUCUGGGCAGUCGCUCGGCCAAAAAGCCAAAGUCCGUCGGGAUCCGAACUACGUCGGGUGAGGAGCCGCCAGAGCGGUCCGGAAUGCCAAGCUGCUCGGGGUCGGGGGAUCCAAGCAAGGAUCGAGAAAUUCGCAGCAUUGCGGCGCGGGACGGAGACGUCGGAAAGGUGUUGCUUGAGCGGGAGCGACGGCCGCAAGGAUUGCAGCGGGAGGCUGCAAGUGCAGGGUCCGGUAACACGGAGACCACGAAGUCCGCCGGGAUCCGAACUUCUUCGGGCGGGGUUUGUCGGCCAGGGAUUGUCGUGCCGUUGAGAGGGGCAGCGUGCACGGGGACGGAAGGGCGGUCCUCGAGAUUCAGCACGGGUACCGCGGAAGGGGACGAGUUUCGUGGGAGGGAAGUAGGGGAGAAAAUGGAGGAACAGAAGGGAGCGCAAGAAGGGGAGGAAGAAGGGGAAGAACAGGUGGAAGGGGAGGAAGCGGGAGAAACGGAGCUAAUUGAUUUGUUUGAAGAAAGGGAGGGUGCCGGGUCUGGAGAAGACGAAGUGGAACACAGUGAGGACGAUGCCGGAUCUGGAGAGUCGUCUGACGAGUUCGGAUAACUGUACGGAGAGCAUCACGAGGAUGAUGUCGACGACGAUGCCAUGGCAAUAGAGAUGGAGACACAACUGGUCAGUAGCCUUUCCGCAG